UCCAUAUUCUUUCCCAAAUCUGGUUCUUCAUCCUCCUCCUCCCUUUCUCUCUCUACAACCAAAUCUACAGAGAGAGGGAAUGGGAGGCCAGAAAUUCGGCAUCCUCCUGUGCGCCGAUGACUCCGAAUACGUGAAGAAACUCUACGGCGGAUACUACGGCGUGUUCGUGAGGAUGCUGAAGGAGGAGGGCGAGAGCUGGGACCUUUUCAGGGUGUCGAGGGGCGAUUUCCCUGCCGACGAUCAGAUCGCCGAUUACGACGGCUUCGUCAUCAGCGGCAGCUGCAGUGACGCCUACGCCGACGACCUCUGGAUCUGCAACCUCCUCAUUCUGCUCGACAAGCUUCGCGCCAUGAAUAAGAAGCUUCUCGGCAUUUGCUUCGGUCAUCAGAUUCUGGGACGAGCUAUUGGAGGAAAGGUUGGGAGAGCUAGAGGAGGAUGGGACAUUGGAAUCACACAAGUGCAACUUUAUCCAUCAAAGAUAUUCACAUCUCUCAAUAUGCCUACUUCACUUUCCAUCCUUAAAUUCCAUAGGGAUGAGGUGUUGACCCUCCCGCCGGAGGCAGAGGUGCUAGCAUGGUCCGAGAGGACCGGGGUUGAGAUGUUUCGGUAUGGAGAUCACAUUAUGGGCAUCCAAGGCCAUCCCGAAUACACAAAGGCCAUCCUCUUGAACCUUAUUCACCGCCUCUCCAAAUGCCAAUUCAUUGAGGAGUCCAUUGGAGAAGAGGGUAAGACGAGGAUGGAGAAGAGCGAGCCCGAUAUGGACAUAUGGUGGAAAAUGUGCACGAGCUUUCUGAAAGGGAGAUUGUGAUGGAGCAAUAAAAAUGAGACAAGGAUGUAAAGUAUUAUAGAUAAAGUCUUGAGCAUGUUAGGAAUAUUCAGAUGUUUGGUUAUCGUUAUUUGCUUCGAUCAUCGGGUAUAUAUUUUUCAAUUCAUCAUUUGUUCAGUGCCGAACCGAUAGUGACUUCAUUUCUGUUUCA